CUAUUGUUAAUUUGAUAGGUGCCUCCAAACUCAAAUUUCACCUGCCAAAACCGACGAAAAAAUUUAUUUAAAAACAAUUAAACACAAAAAGUUCCAAGUCUUUUCAAGAAUUGAAUAUGAUCUUUUGCCAACAUCAAACUCCCAUUUCUUCACCCAUACCCUCCUCUUGACCCACCUGACCCACUAAUCUCCCUCUAUAUAUACAUACAUACGCAAAGAUGAAAAUUUAUAUCAAAAAACCUGAAAAGAUUUCACGUAACAACAAAGAAAUGGAUAACAAACACUUGCAAUUUUCUUCAAUCUUGAUUGCUCUUAUCAUCGUCUUUUGUGCACAUUUUGCUAUCUCUCAAGAAGUUGAUGAUGAAAGUGAGUUCACUUACGAUAUGAAUAGUCCAAACGGGCCAGAUCAUUGGGGAGAGAUCCAUCCUGAAUGGAGAUUGUGUAAAAAAGGAAAGUUGCAGUCUCCGAUUGAUCUCACACAUAAAAGGGUUCAUACAACCUCUAAACUUGGAAAAAUUAAUAGAGAUUAUAAACCUGCAAACACAACUCUUAUUAAUAGAGGCCAUGAUUUGAUGUUGAGAUGGGUCCGAGGAGCAGGACAUAUUCAUAUAAACAAAACUAAGUAUCAACUUAACCAGCUUCAUUGGCACACUCCUACAGAACACACCAUCAAUGGUCGAAGGUUUAAUCUAGAGCUACACUUAGUUCAUCAAAGCAGAAAUAAAAGAAUUGCAGUGGUUGGAAUCUUGUAUAAGAUCGGUCAUCCUGAUUCGUUUCUAUCAAAGUUGGAACCAUAUCUUAAAGCAUUAUGUUCUAAGAGAAAGGUUGAAAAAAGAGUGGGAAUAAUUGACCCUCGAAAAAUAAAGAUUGGAAGCAAAAAAUAUUACCGAUACAUUGGCUCGCUUACGACUCCUCCAUGCACCGAAAAUGUUGUUUGGACCAUUGCUAAAAAGGUAAGAACGGUUUCACGAGCACAACUUCGUUUAAUCCGCAAGGCUGUUCAUGAUGAUGCUGGGGCUAAUGCGAGGCCUCUUCAACCACUGAAUAACCGUUUGUUGAUGCUUUAUAGACCAGACGACCAUUAAAAAUAUUAAGCGGAUUGGCGAAUUUUUAUCUAAUUUAUUGCUCAAUGUUCCUAUAUUAUUUUAUUAAUUUGUUGUGAUAUUGUAUAUGUAUAAUAAGAUUAUGGUUAACGUAAAUCAGUAAUAAUUCGGUAUUUUUAGUUUCCAUACGCAUCCAAUUUAGUUUCCAUAUUAUAUCAUGUGCGAUUAUACACACAUCACCUAGUUAUCUUUGUUGAAAUCUUGAUCGUCAUGGCGUCAUUUGGG